CGCGUGAUAUCGUGAUAUGGCCCUAGUGUGGUUGCAGCAAAAGAAAUGUGAGGGAUGAGCCCUCUUAUGUCCACUGCAUAAAAAAGCUGUUGCUUCAUGUAGGGCACAAGGCAUCAUCGGUAUAGACUAUAGACUAUCCGAUGCAUCUCGACGUAGUGGUUCUGUUUUCUUCUUCUGCCCAGUCAAACCUGUGUCUUUCAUUUCUUCGUUCUCUCGCCUCUCCCUCUUUCUUAAUUUCCCCACACUCUUCACUGCUGCACAGUGCUAUACCCUUUUCCCACCGACUCCCCUGCCCCCUCCAAAAACGUCUGCAGCGCCUUUCUAAAACACAUUCCUCUCUCUCUCACUCUCCGCUUCCUUGUCUCCUGUCUCUUUGCCACUUUGUUUCUGUAUCUCUUUCUUUCUCCGCCCUCUAUCCGUCACACUGCAUCGGUGAACAUAUCCGUCGAGUUCUCACACAUCCCCCUUCCCCCUUCCCCCCUCCCUCAAGGAUGACCGCUGAGACCCUUCAGGACAACAGAAAGCCUUACCCGGCCCACAGCGAGGGUAUCGAUCCCACCCUGGGCUCACCCUCCAAUUGCUCAGGGAAUCAUCUCUGCGAGAGCGCAACCGAACAGCACCACCACCACCAGGACCUGUCCUCGUGUGCUGUGGCCUCAAACACAACCACAGCGACAACCACCGAUACAUCGGCAGCAGCACCAGUCCCCAUCUCCACAGCAAUCGCAGCAAAGUGCCCUACUACGGAUCUGCGGCCAUUGAAAGCCACAGCAACCGACCAUUCUUUUGACACUACUGCCUUGGCCUCAUCCAGCUCUCCUGCUUCGUCUCGCUCAAGCACGCUCGUCUUCGAGGAACUGUCAUCGCAACGCACACCUGUAUCAUCUACCGCUUCAACGCCUUUUUCAACAAAUUCAACGUCGUCAUUUUCAUUCCCUACGUCGCUAUUGGACAAUGUGCAACUGCAAGACCCAACCUGCAAUAAUUCGUCUAUCAGCAUCAUCACUUCAACAUCUGUAGUUUCCACGGCAGCACCAAACACAGCAUCGGCAACAACGCCAGCACCAGCAGAGAGCAUGGACUGUGCAGCAGCAAUGAGCACAAAUCAUAUUUUAGAUCUCCCGACAGAGAUCCUGGAGGAAAUCAUUUGCCGCCUGAUCUCUCCUCGGAACUUUGUAAGAAGCUGUCGUCAGAUCUACCGUCUUUCGAGGUCACCAUCUUUGCGUGCAAAGUACCUUUGGCUGUUGCAUGGCCCAGAUCAGGUACUGACCCGCAAGGUGAUUGAGCUCCACAGGCUGACGAGCUCUAUUCUCAGUUCUCCUGUGGUCAUGCUCCUGAUGGCCAUGGGGGCCCCCUUUCGAGAUUCAGAGGAGUUUAUCUUUCGAUGGGCCUGUUCCAAGGGACACAUGGACGUAGUCUCCCAACUGCUAAAAAGCGAGCCGAGGAUUGAUCUUCGAUUUAGAUCUGAUUGGUUUCUGCGGGAGGCGGCAAAGAACGGUCGGCAAAACGUUGUCUCGCUCCUCCUUCGACAACCAGACUAUGUGCCCUCAGAGAGCGGACUCAACAAGGCAUUCGAGGCUGCAUACGAACAAUCUUUCUGCGACACCGUCAGAGCGCUCCUCGACUAUGCAGAGAAUCGUGGUGCACAGCUGGAGCAGGGACCGUCAGCUUUUCAAAGUGUCGUCCCGUCUACCAGGAGGGCGAAGCGGGUCAUGGCGGGUGGACUCUACAUCCAAAAGGACGCCGACAAAGCUCUACGCUAUGCUGUGCGCGGAAACGAUCUGGAGAUGGUAAAGCUACUGAUGGACUAUGAGGCGGACGUACAUGCGUUUAGCGAGGAGGCGAUCUUAGUUGCUGCACACAAGGGCCAUGUCGAGAUACUGAAGCUGUUGAUCCAAGCUGGUGCUGACAUCGAGACCAAGGCGGGAGCACCAUUGCGACAGGCUGCAGAAUAUGGACAUGCAGAGGCAGUGAAAGUUCUGUGUAGCAGCGGGGCUGAUACAAUGUGGGGAGGAUGCAGCGCUCUGCGAACGGCAGCAUCUCAAGGUUUCGACAACAUUAUUGCAAUAUUACUUGAGCAUGGCGCAAAUGUCAACAUUCACGAGGGAACACCUCUUCAAUUAGCGUGUAAGCAUGGACAUGAGGCUGCUGUACGGGUACUACUCAAAUACGGAGCCAACCAUCGUCUGGAUGAUGGAGCCGCAUACAAAUUGGCGCUCGAGGCCAACCACGAAGGCAUCAAGGCGCUUCUGAUUCAGGCAGAGACUGCAAUGCGAGCCAAGGAGAGAGAACUAGACAGGAUACUUCAGCAACAGGGGCCCAUGAUGAUGACCGGACAGCAGCCAUGGUAUUCCUCGCAUGCGCGAGCGUUCUCAGAGACCCUCAAUAACGCUACGUUCCACCCUGGAACUCAAACGCCAGCGCCUUCAGCUGCCAUGUCUACAUCGUCUUCAGCCUCGAAUCUGUCAGGGAUGAUACCGGGCAGCGGAUCUAUCUUUGCAGGAGCAGGUGUUGGUGCCAGUACUGAUGGACUAUCGAGAGGACACAAGCGGUUCUACAGCCAGAUGUCAAAUUAUCCGCUUUCGGUUGCAGACUUGUUUAGAUCGGGAUCUGUGUGUGGACUCGUUGCCCUGGAUGAUGAGAUUCGGUCAAGGCAAAGAAGCGAGAGUAAUCGGCUGUAGAACAACGCGAUACGCGCAAUGUCAAAUGCCAGGAGAAUGAAAUACUGAGCAGGAUGCAGUAUCAAACUGAGCAUUUUACAAUAAAGACAAUCCGGUGUUGACACACGCACUUCCCGAUACUUGCUUGGCCAUGAGGCAGGAAGUAGCCCUCAAAGACCAAACAAACAUGC